AUGGAGCACCGUCGUCGGUCGAUAAACGAUCGCGAAAUUGAGUUGCAGUUGGAAGCCAUGUUUGGCCUUUCAGAUGGUACAGAUUCAGAAGACAGUUUGGAAGAUUCCGAUACUCAUGACAUUGAACAAUUGCUUUCGCCUAACAACGAUUCCUCUUUUCAACCUUGCAUUGAACCAGACUUUGCAGAGUCUUUGUUGACAGCUAGAAGUAGUAGAAGACACGGAAAACAUGGGCCAGAACAGGCAACGGAUGAAUGGGAAGAAGAUGAAGACCAUGAGAUUGAAGACGACAUAGGUACAGAAAGCAACAACAGAAGAGAGAAUACUCUGAAUGAGACAAGUGAAGGGACAACAAGAUUGUGA